UUAGAGAAGCCCUAUGUUUCAUGCAUCUCAAACAUGUUGUGGUAGUUCAAAGGAGAGAGAAUAAAACCUUGCCAGGAAACUUAAAGAGAUUCUUCACCAUUGUGUCUGUGGGGACAGAGAGGGCUUCUGAAGACAAUCUUAAUCCGAAGCUCAAUGACUUUCACAUGCAGAUGAAAUUGGUUACCGAUUGUGUCGGGGAGGGGAACAUUCUACCUCUCGGUUUUAGAUUCCAUCCCACCGACGAGGAGCUAGUUCUCUACUAUUUAAAGAAAAAGAUUUGUGGUAAACGACACAUUACUUAUUGUUUGGGGGAUGUCCAAAAUGAACACACGAGAGAAGCAGUGGGUCAAGUCGACUCGAGGGAGGUGUCUCGAUCACAAAUGGAUAAUGACUCGGAAGGGGUCGCGUAUCAAGUGUUGACAGACGUGCCAAGUGGCAGUUUCGCAAGUGGUGAUGAAGCAAAUCAGGGACUCUUUCUUUCUCAAUCUUCAGGUCGGCCUCAAAAUAACGAUAGCUGUCUUGAAAAUCAAAUUAAUGGAGAAAACGAAAAAGGAAGCCACGGUGAAGACUGGUUCACGUCCGCCCUAAAGUCCUAUCUGGAUUCUAUACCGACAACACCUGUUUCGGAAUUCGACAAAGGUUUGGUAAAUCCGGAUUUUAGGUUCCGAACCAGGGGUGUUGCUGCAGGCAAUCCCUUGGCCUUGGCAACUACCAGAAGGUUGGCAAAGUUUAGAGUCAGUUUUAUCUGUUUGUCUUUAAUUGGGCUUUUGUGCGCUGUAUUGUGGGCUCAUGUAAACUAAACUCAAUGUCUUUAAUUGGGCUUUUGUGCGCUAUAUUAUUGGCGCUUGAUGGAAACUAAACUCAAUGUACAAACUAAACUCAAUGUACGAACUGGUUCCUUAAAUAUUCCCUAUGUCAGUGUUGCUUGAUCAAUUUUAAAAUUCUUGUAUAAAGUCAUUACGUUGCGUAUUUUUAUAUUACGAAAUGCAUACUUCAAUUAAUGU